UAAAGCUUGGAACGUUCAUUCAUAAUAUGAAGAUGCUGCUGACUUUGUUCCUCUUCCUUAUUGGGAGUCAAACUUCAGUAACUCAGACGCCUGCCCCUACAUCUGCAGAUAUUGUCCUUUUGGUUGACAGCUCUAAUAGCCUGGGAAACAAGGCGUUCCCCUCUAUGAAGUCUUUUAUUAGCAAACUGAUCAGUCAUCUAACGGCAACUCCUAACCAAUAUCGUAUCGCGCUUGCCCAGUACAGUGAUGAUUUGCACGUUGAAUUUCUGCUAGACGCCUAUACAGCAAAGAACCCAAUGCUGAAUUAUGUCAGAAAGAAAUUUGUAUUCAAGGGUGGUUCAGUAAAAACUGGCAAUGCCCUUCGAGAAGUUCAUGGGACCUAUUUCAAAGGACCAACUAGUGGAAGAGACAAAGAACGAAUUCUGGUAGUCUUGACUUCAGGGGCAUCAGAGGAUGCUGUAGUAGAGCCUGCCAAGACCUUGAAAAGUGACGGGGUAAAAAUCAUAGCCGUGGGGAUUCAGGAUGUUUCUCCUCAAGAAUUGCAGUCAAUGGCUACACCUCAAUUUUCUUAUAAGUUUCGCACAGUGAGGGAUCUCAAUAUGUCUUCUCAAAUGACCAAGAUCAUUGAGGACGUUAUUCAAACAGAUAUUAAUGGCAUAAUACCAACAGAUAUAAUUGCAAGUGCUCCUGAGAGAGAAGUUUGUAAGAAUGAUUCCGUUGCUGAUGUUGUGUUCAUAGUAGAUGAGGGUGUUUCAAAACCAAAAUCUGAACAUAUUAAAAAGUUCCUGCAAGAUACAGUCUCCUUUCUUGAUGUGAGGAAGAAUUGUAUAAAGAUUGGCCUAGUGACAUAUAGCAGUGAGCCACAUGUGUUAUCUUUAUUGAGCGAAGAAACAAACAAAACUGCUAUUCUGCAGAAAAUACAGGGCUUUUCUCCAAGGGAAGGGAAGGCCAACACCGGUGCUGCCAUUAAUGCUACAAGGAAAAACAUCUUUCGUGUAAAAUUUGGAAGCAGAAAGGCCCAAGGGAUAGAGCAAAUAGCCAUUCUGAUCACCCACAGACCCUCUGAAGAUAACGUAAGAAAGGCAGCUCGUGGUCUUCGGAGAGCUGGUGUGACUGUAUUCACCAUAGGCAUUGAAAAUGCUGAUAACACCCAGUUAACCCAGAUAGCAUCAUAUCCUCCACAGCAAUAUGUUACUAAGCUGACCGCAUUUUCUGACCUGCCAGAACAAGCUGGAACUUUACAAAAGAAACUCUUGAAUCAAAUUCAGGACAAGCUGUAUGUCCAGUCUAAAAGAAGAGAACUACUUAAAGCAGGAUGUGUGGACACAGAGGAAGCUGAUAUUUAUGUGCUCAUUGAUGGUUCAACAAGCAUUCUUCAUGAUGAUUUCGGAGACAUCAAAACAUUUUUGAAGGAAGUGAUUAAGAUGUUUAACAUAGGGCCGAAUAAAGUUCGCUUUGGAGCUGUGCAGUUCUCACAUUUCAACAAAACGGAGUUUGAACUUAAUGAAUACAACAACACAAAUGAUUUAGAAAGGGCCAUCGACAACAUUAGGCAAAUAUCUGGGAAUACCCAUAUUGGAGAAGCUUUGACUUUCAUGCAGCCACUGUUUAAAAAGGCAAGGGAGCAGAGAGCUGGCAGGGUGCCUUGUUACCUCAUUGUCCUAACAGAUGGGGAGUCACAGGACAGUGUGAAGGAGCCUGCUGAGAGACUGAGGAAUGAGAAGGUUAAUAUUUAUGCCAUUGGUGUAAAAGAUGCAACUGAAGCACAGCUCCAUGAGAUUGCAGGGUCAAAGAGCAGGACUUUCUUUGUGCAAGAGUUUGACUCUUUGAAAAAUAUAAAAAAUGAAAUUGUUCAAAAGAUCUGUUCUAAAGAAGCCUGCAAAGAAAUGACAGCUGACAUCAUGUUUCUAGUGGACAGUUCUGGAAGCAUAGGACCAGAGAACUUUUUGAAAAUGAAAAACUUUAUGAGAGAACUGGUGAACAAAUCUGACAUCAGCGCAGACCGAGUGCAGGUUGGAGUCAUCCAGUUCAGUGGCACACAACACGAAGAGUUCCAGCUUGACCGAUACUCUUCAAAAAGUGACAUUUUCAGUGCUAUUGAUAAGAUGUCUCUUAUAGGGGAAAAUACACUAACAGGAAGCGCAUUGACAUUUGUGUCUGAUUAUUUCAAGCCUCCCAAAGGUGCACGUCCGGCUGUCAAAAAGUUUCUUAUCCUGAUUACAGAUGGGGAAGCACAGGAUGAAGUAAAAAGUCCAGCAACAGCCUUACGUGAUCAAGGUGUUAUUAUCUACUCUGUUGGGGUGUUUAAUGCAAAUAAACCUCAGCUGGAAGAGAUUAGUGGGAAGCCUGAGCUGGUUUUUUACGUCGAGGAGUUUGAUAUUCUGAAGCACAUAGAAGAUGAGAUCAUCUUUGGAAUAUGCAGGCCUCAUGAGGAAUGCAAGAGGAUAGAAAGAUUAGAUGUUGUGUUUGUGAUAGAUGGAUCUGGGAGCAUAAGUUCCGAACAAUACCAGACCAUGAAAGACUUCAUGAUUGAUUUGGUGAAAAAAUCUGAUGUCGCUCCAGAUAGAGUUCAGUUUGGAGCUGUAAAAUAUUCUGAUGAACCGGAAAUGUUUUUCUACCUUAAUAUGUACAGAACAAAAUCCGAGAUUGUUGAGGCUAUCCAGAAUGACGUAUCUAAAGGAGGUUCAACGUAUACAGCCAAGGCAGUUGGCUAUUCGGAAGCUCUGUUUGCUAAGGAGCAAGGUGGCCGCAAAAGUAAGGGAGUUCCACAGAUUCUUAUAGUGAUAACAGACGGUGAGUCCCAUGAUGCAGCACAGCUCGGUGACACAGCCAAGAGAUUAAGAGACAAUGGAAUUAUUAUCUAUGCUGUUGGGAUAGAAGGAGCAAAACCUGAUGAGCUUUUGGCCAUGGCUGGAUCAAAAGACAAAUAUUACUAUGUGAAUACAUUUGAAGGACUCAAAAACACAUCUGUAGCAAUAUCAGAAAAAAUAUGUGGUGAUUCAAAACCAGAGUGUGAAAUUCAAGCAGACCUUGUUUUCUUGAUUGACGGUUCCAAUAGUAUAAAGCCAGAUGACUUCACCAGGAUGAAGGAUUUCUUGAAAGUUAUACUAGAUCAGAUUGAUUAUGAUCAGAAUGUUCAAAUUGGCAUUGCCCAGUACAGUGGCAGGUAUAAAAAAGAAUUCAGCCUGGGUGCUUUUCAGAACAAAUCAGAACUGAACAUUCAAAUUCAGAACAUUAAGCAGAUGACAGGAACUAGAACUUUAAUUGGAGCUGCACUUAGGAAGGUGAGGGAAUUCUUUGCACCAGCACGCAGCAGAAGAGUAACAAGAAACGUUCAACCAGUUUUGCUGGUAGUCACUGAUGGGGAGUCGCAUGAUGAUGUUGCUGAACCAGCAGAAGAUCUGAGAAGGGAAGGUGUUCAUAUAUAUGCUAUAGGAGUUGGGAAAAUUGAUCACUCGCAGCUCAUGCAAAUAGCUGGCGUCCCGGAAAGGAAGUACACUGUUAAUGAUUUCAAUGAGCUGAAGAUUAUUAAAAAAAGACUCGUUGAUGAUCUAUGCAAACCUGAUGUUCCUACAACUUGUUUUGUGGAUAUUGUUAUGGGAUUUGACAUCUCUUCACAAAAGAGAGGUGACCGUUUAUUCCAUGGACAGUACCAGCUGGAAGCAUAUCUUCCUGACAUUCUAAAAGCCCUCACAUCCCUAAGCAGUCUGAGUUGCAAUGUGGGGACAAAGACACAGAGCAGCGUGGCAGUUUACUUGAAGAACACCGUUACACCCGUGUCUUCAAAGUUCCAGUUUGACAGUGAGAAAAUAUGGAACAGCCUGAGAGAGAUCCUGAUCGACAAACCAUCUCGUCUCAAUGGCAACCUCCUGGAGUCACUCUGGAAAACGUUUCCAAGCAAAGCUGAUGAUCAAAAUCGAAGGAAGGUUUUACUUGUAUUUUCAGAUGGUUUGGAUGAAGAUGUAGAAGAACUUGAACAAAAGUCAGAAGACCUCAGGAAAAAAGGAUUGGAUGCACUGAUAACCGUUGUUCUGGAAGGAGCCUCCAAAUUUAAUGAGCUUCAGUACAUUGAGUUUGGAAAAGGAUUUGAAUACAUGACUCAAUUAACUAUUGGCAUGAGAAAUAUCGCCAAAGCACUGUCCAAGUAUGUGACUAACGUUGCUGAAAGGACGUGCUGUGCUGUUUUUUGCAAGUGCAUUGGGGAGGAAGGUGGAAUUGGACGCCAAGGGAAAGGAGGAGAUAAAGUGACUUAG